AUGGCAAGACAUAGCUGCACACCUUCAGCUGUCUACUCGGUAUGGGGCGACAUAAUGAUGGCUCGCGCUGCGAGACCUCUGAAAGCUGGCGAUGAGGUCACCUUCAGCUUCAUGGACAUUUGGUUUCCACUAGAAGUGCGACAGGAAAAGUUCACCACGGCAGGAGGCGGUGAUGGGUUCUGGUGCAGGUGUCCACGCUGCGAAGCCGAAGCGUCCUGGACCUCCGCAGCUGCUGUGGCCUCUGCUGACCUCGAGCUGAGGUUUGAGAAGCAGCGAAGUCGUGUGGAGGGGAUUCUGCGCUCGCUGGACCUAAAGCUGGAAGAAAGGAGACAGAACAUGCAGAAGCAGUACGAUGCCAUCCGAGACAAUGAAGAACAGAGGAGAGAAUACGAAGCAGGACUGCUGGGCUUGGCAGACCGCUUCGACAAUCUGAAGGGCAUGCCAAAGGACGAGGACAUCGAGCAGCUCCAGAAGUAUUUUCCAGAGGACAACGAGCCAGAGUUGGUCGAGGUGAGGCAAGACUUGGCAGAUGACCUGGUGGACGCGAUUCUUACUUUCGAAGAGCAGGUAGAGAAGAUCGGAAUGCCAGAGGAGGAGCGCCACUGGUUGAUUGCAAACCAUUUUGCACAGUAUAGCCAGCUGCUCACGAUUCUUCGUUUGCGGAAGGAUGUCGAGGCCCAGCGAAAGGUUCUGGGAGGCUUCUUGGAUGCCGUGGCCAACACGUGCCCGGGGGGCUUUGAGCAUCAACGCCUAUCCGUGUUGCUUUGGGAGGUGUCAGCCCAAUGCGAAGAUCCGACUCUGAUGCGGGAGGACCUCGUGCGGGAUCUCAUCCCCAAAGAGUUGGACAGGGUUCGGGAGGCCAUCAAAAUCAGAUACGGUCAAGAUCUAGAUGACACUGAAGUAAGUGCCGCCAUGGCGCGGAUUGCUUCCACGAGCAUCAUCGAUGAGAAUUGGAUGUGGGAUAUUACGUGA